CUGCGUGCUACAGAACAAACCACAGCACCGGUGAACCAUCAGUACGUCCACACUGGUGACAUAAAGAACAUCUGAAGGACUCACUUCGUGAUUGCGAACACGUUCUAUACAGUUUUAGAGGAGUCAGAUGGCCCGAGGGUCCAAAAUGGAUGUGGACAUCCCUAAACCCCGUGUGAUUGUCAGCUACAACCCCACGUCUCUGUUUUCUCAGUGGAGUUUACCGGCAAGCUCGACUCAAGUGAUGGCCGCGGUGCGAGACGGCCCGUGGAAGAGCCUGAGCUCGGGGAAGAAAGUGGCUUUGGCCGCAGGCAUCUCUGUGGGGGCCACGGUGGGCUACCUUGUUUACCGGCACAUUCGAAACAGCAGUGUACCAACCCAAAUCAAAGAAGAAUCCGAAAUAUCUAUUCCGCUUGAUGUGUACCGAUCUAUUGCAACAUACCAGAGCAACUUUCUGGACAUGGUGAAUCAAAAUUCUGGCGCUCUGAUAAACGUGCUACCCAACACUGGAGAUCAGAGCUCAGUGAAUUUUCUCAUCCAGGGUUCUCAUGAGCAGGUUCUUCAGGCACAGUGUGCUCUGGAGAAAUUGGCCACGGACUGUGAGGUCAUCAAUGACGUCAUUGAAGUGCCUCAAAUGGCAUUUGGGCGGAUCAUAGGUCGGGGCGGGGACACAUUGAAAUUCAUUAACAGGAUCUCCGGGGCCAGGGUGAACUGCUCCAGAGAUCGUGGGCAGACCUUAGAGGAGAAGGGCAAGGUUACGAUUACUGGCACACGCAAGGAAGUUCAAAAUGCAAAGGAGAUGAUCAUGGAGAAGGUCUUGGAGAGUGAAACUGUACGAAAGCGGAUAAGUCAGUCCUCUGCACUUCGUCAGAAAAGGAAACCACCUGAGGUGCAGUUUAACAAAGCUCAAGGGGCGGAGAAUGAGUUAUUAAAGCUUGAUAGCAAAGAUAUACCUUCCCGGGGGUCUGAUCUUAAACAAGACAGACUUGCGGUGAACGGCUUUGUAGACGGCAGUGAUGCGUCUGAAAAUUCCCUCAAAUUUGAGGAGGCUCCCUCUCCAGUCUCGCCUCUGGAGAUCUCAAAAUUUGAAAUCCCCAGUCCAGACCUGAGCUUCCAGCCCGAUGAACACCUUGAGGUCUAUGUAUCUGCUUCUGAACAUCCUCAACACUUCUGGAUCCAGAUUUUAGGGGUCCGAUCUCUGCAGCUUGAUAAAUUGACGGAAGAAAUGAGCCGCUUCUACAACAGUGACACCUCACAGGAAUUCAGAGUGGAGACUAUUGUAGUUGGAGACAUAGUGGCUGCUACAUACAGGGACUAUGGCAAGUGGAAUCGUGCUAGAGUUUUGGGAAAUCUGAAUUCUGGCUCGGUGGAUUUGUAUUAUGUGGACUUUGGAGACAAUGGGGAGCUACCGAGGGAACAUUUACGAAGCAUGAGAAGUGACUUCUUGAGCCUCCCUUUCCAAGCUAUUGAAUGCAGUCUAGCAGGAGUUCGUCCUGCAGGAGAGGUUUGGACGGAAGCCGCACUAGAUGACUUUGAUCGCAUGACAUACUGUGCUGAAUGGAAACCUUUACUGGCUAAACUGUGCAGCUACUCUCAUUCGGAGGUGUCGUCCUGGCCCAGUGUAAAACUCUACGAUAACAACGAGGGCAAGGCUUUGGAUCUGGGAGAGGAGCUGAUUCGUCUUGGUCAUGCCGUGAGCUGUGGGAAUGAAGGAAUUGGCUUGAGGGGAGAGUGGGAUGAGUCCAGAUCACUCCAGAAGAUGCUGGAUGACAUGACAGGAGCAAGCUCAGAACUCAGUAUGUCCUGCAUCAGUUUGUCAGAAGUCGCCUCCAUUUCUGGAAGUGUGGAUGACACUAUUGAUGAGGAAUUCAACUGACAACAGACCAAAGACUUGUAUGCCUUGAUAUCGAGACCAGUCGUUGCCCACAUUUAACAUUCAGCACGUGCUUCCCGACGCUGAACAAGAGCCUUACUUGACUAUGCCACCUGCUCAGACUGCCUGCACUUAAGUUCUCUCAAAUAAGGAUUAGUUUUCACACUGUGUGGAUGGCAGUUGACGUUUAUACUGCUGUUUAUUCUUGCGUUCUCAUAGUGUUUGUUUAGUGUUGAAUGUUAUGUCAGCCUUUGUUUGGCUUUUAUUACGCAUUUGAAGAACAGUCAAGGUGAGAGAGGUGAAGAGCAGAGCUCAGGGAACUCAUGACAGAGUUAGUUAAAAACUUCAGAAGUGUUAAUGCUGUGUUGCACUAAAGUUAUUGUUGGUUUGUGACGAGUGACAAGAUUUAGUCAUUUUUGUUUUGUUCAAGUUUAUGUGGUGAAUUUUAAGUUUUAUGCCAUGGAAUAAUAUUGCUGUACAAUAAAAUAAAGAUUAUUGUUAUAUC